AUGCCCAGUUGCGCAGUACAGGUCAUGCGGAGAGAGCGCCCGGUGCAGCGCAUCCAGCAGCCGGUGCCGCGCUCCGCGAGCCCUUGCAGCAGAUCAGUUUGGUGGCCGCAGCCGCAGCACACUGCUAGCGCAGUUCCCAUUCCAGUGCUGGCCUUUGGCACGCCGCCUCGGACCCCGAGGCCAGCUCCGGCUGGGCCACUGUGGGCCAGGCAGAUAAUCAUCCAGUCCCCGCAGCGAGUGGCGACGCCUUGCCGAGUGGUGUACUCAACCAGCGAGGAUAAGGCCCGACGCCAUUCCAUGCCGCAGGCUGCUCCGGAGCUCGAGCCUGUGCAGACUGCCAGGCCUGUCAAGACCGAUGUGCCAAAAGUGGCUUCCCAGCUGCAGGAGGCACGUCAGCCCUUGCAGAUGAUGCCCAUGCAGUCGAAAGAAGAAUUGAGUGCCAGCCGACCAACCCAGGAAUUGCUGGCAUCGGCGCGCUGUGUGAGGAAGUCGAAUGACUCUCGGGGAUGCUUGCUGGGAUCCCAGUCCUGCCACUGGUCGCCGAUGGUCACAUGCCGACUGACCCACUCUGCGCGAGAGCACUUCACACCUCAGAGCUCGUGCCGUCAGAUAAGGCGAAGCGAGGUGCCAGACAGGCUGCUGCAAUCCACGGCGGUGAAGGUGCAACCGGUGCCUCCAGCCCCUGAUACGACGCAGAUUGACAGAAUCCGCUCUGAGAUGAUGGAAGUAUUGGAGGAGAGGGAGCGCUACCACCAGAAGCAGCUGCAGUGCAUGCAUGAGUUCCAAAAGGAGCGAGAGCGUGAUCACCAGCGCCAGUUGCAGCAGAUGCAGCAGUUGCACAAGGCAGACAUGCAGCGCCUUGAGGAGAAAGCUCGUCCACCUUGGGCGUCAGGAGACCGGAUGCACAAGACCAUUGUGGAAGCUGCGCCCGCCGCAUCCCAAGACGAGGAGGAUACCUUGAUGUAUACCGAGCCGAGCAUGGAUCACACUCUGUCGCCGAUCACGGUGCGGGAAGUCGACUGUUCGCCUGCAGCAGCCAGCCCACUCUUGAGCGAGGGCAGCUUCCCAUCGUCGGCAGUGCUGGGGUCGGAGGCCUCUCCCCUGGCACGGAGCAUCAAGUUGCUACCUCCAUUGCCUCCACAGUAUCCGCAGGUGCCAAUGUUGCCCAAGAGGCUCCAGUGA